AUGAGCUUCAACUCCACCAUUCCUUUAACUGAGAGCACUCUUAGUGGGAAGGCUUUGGACUUCUACCAAGACUUGUCUUGGUUGCAACUCAUUGCAACCAUUACUGUAAUUGUUUUGUCCUAUGAUCAAAUUAUGUACCAAAUCCGUAAGGGUUCUAUUGCAGGUCCUCGUUUUAAAGUUUGGCCUAUUAUUGGACCAUUUUUGGAGUCAUUGGAUCCAAAAUUCGAAGAAUAUAAGUCUAAGUGGGAUUCAGGUCCUUUAUCCUGUGUUUCUAUUUUCCACAAGUUUGUUGUUAUUGCAUCAGAAAGAGAUUUGGCUCGUAAAAUUUUGGCUUCUUCAAAAUAUGUCAAGCCAUGUGUAGUGGAUGUCGCCGUUAAAAUCUUGAGACCUACUAACUGGGUUUUCUUAGAUGGUAAGGCUCACACUGACUACCGUCGUGCCCUUAAUGGUUUAUUCUCUCAAAAGGCAUUAGAAAUUUAUAUUCCAGUGCAAGAAAAAUAUAUGGAUCUUUAUUUGGAAAAGUUUAUUUCUUUUGACUCUCCACAAAAGUUUUUCCCAGAGUUUAGAGAAUUAUUAUGUGCUAUUUCUUUGAGAACUUUCUGUGGUGAUUACAUUACUGAAGAACAAAUUAAACUUAUUGCUGACAAUUACUUCCGUAUUACUGCUGCUUUGGAAUUGGUCAACUUCCCAAUUAUUAUCCCAUACUCAAAGACUUGGUAUGGUAAAAAAAUUGCUGAUGACACUAUGAAAAUUUUUGAAGCCUGCGCCGGUAUGUCAAAGAAGUUUAUUGAAGAAGGCGGUAAACCAGCCUGUGUUAUGGAUGAAUGGAUUCAUUUGAUGAAGGAUGCUAGAGAAAAGCAAACUGAUGAUCCUGACAUGAAGCUUUUGGUUCGUGAAUUUUCCAAUAGAGAAAUUUCUGAAGCUAUUUUCACUUUCCUUUUUGCUUCCCAAGACGCUUCUUCUUCAUUGGCCUGUUGGUUGUUCCAAAUUGUUGCUGACCGUCCUGAUGUUGCUGCCAAGGUUAGAGAAGAACAAUUGAGAGUACGUAACCAAGACCCUUCAAAGAAAUUGAGUUUGGAAAUGAUUAACGAGAUGACUUACACUAAUAAUGUUGUCAAGGAAACCUUGCGUUACCGUCCUCCAGUCCUCAUGGUUCCAUAUGUUGUUAAGAAGAAUUUCCCAGUCACUGAUACAUACACUGCUCCAAAGGGUGCUAUGAUUAUUCCAACUUUAUAUCCAGCCUUGCACGACCCUGAAGUUUAUCCAGAUCCAGAAUCUUUUAAACCUGAAAGAUGGGAAAAUGCAACCACACAAAUGCUCAACCGUAACUGGUUAGUCUUUGGUACCGGUCCACAUGUUUGUUUAGGAAAGAACUAUGUUUUGAUGACAUUUACCAGUAUGCUUGGUAAGUACCUUAUGAACUCUGAAUUAACUCACCAUGUUACUCCAUUAUCUGAAGAAAUCAAGGUAUUUGCUACUAUUUUCCCUAAGGAUGAUUUGAUCCUUGAAUGGAAGAAGAGAGACCCACUUAAGAACUAG